AUGUUUGUACAGGUGUCGACAAGUGAUAAUCUAAAUCUUCUGCGAGCACCAUCAGAAGUGCUGCAUCAGCAGUCACCAUUUAGAUUCACAAUAACGUUUAGACGGCGCGUUAGACAGGCAACGGAAGUUACAGUAGACAUUCAACUUCUUAGUGAGAGUCUUUCAGCAAAUUUUGGCAUAAUGGGAAAUACGCAUGCAAUUGGCACCUAA